AUGUCGCAAGCUGAUGAAUCGGUGCCUAUUCAACAGCCCAAAGAAGGCGAGGCGGAAGAAAGCCCCGGUAUCAUGAUCGGUGACCAGGAGCCAGCCCAGCAGCCCGAUGAAGGCCAGGUCGCGGUGUUAGAAAGUACCACCCAACCUCCUGAAAAUUUUGGCCAGUUUCAAGAGGGUUUUGCAUCUGUUCGUCCCUCUGCGAUCGUCGAUGGCAAGAUCCAUUAUGAUUACGGCAAUGGUUGCAUAGUCCAUUUGCAGGCCGGAGAGAUGGACGGAAUCGACUGGAUGGACAUUUUCAUAAAGAUUCCGAUCGAUCCUGUUGACAUGUUUCAGGUUACGAGGAAGUUAUUGCAGUCGAACAUGGCCAUGGCCGCUGCAACUCCCAUUCCCACCUGGUUUGCGAUGGACGAAGAAGAUAACAUUUUCUUUGUGAAUCGGUUGGAUUGGAGGCAUGUUACCUAUGCUGUGUUGGAUGACCAUAUUGUGAGGUGUGUCGAUCAAAUGAGGGAGGCAUUGCUGUCGGAAGGAGUCCGGGUCAAGCCUGAACUACCCGAGGAACUCGCCCAGUAA